AUCUAAAUAUUAUACUUCUUCCAUGGAGCCUUCGUCACCUUUGAAAGCUAUUAAUGUUUCAAAUUUGGAAGAGCUUUCAAAAGCCUCAAUUGAAUGUCAACAGAUCAUCUCAGACCUUCCCAAAGAAACUAGUUGGCAACUUUCUCAAAAUUUACACAAAUACCAAGACUUUUGGUGCUACCCAAAUUUCCUUGAAGGUAUAAUUCUAGCUCAAAAAUAUUUUAUACCUCAACCUACUGAUUUAUACCUCAACCUACUGAUAUUAUCAUUUGUACUCUUCCAAAAUCUGGCACAACUUGGCUUAAGGCACUAUGCUUUACAAUUUUCAGAAGAAGCCAACAUUCUGAUGGUUCUUCGAUAAACCCAUUACUCACAAAUAUGCCACAUGAUAUUGUGCCUCUUAUAGAGUUUUUAUACUGUAAGGGUCGUCAAAGAGACUCUCAAAAUCCAUUGUUGUCUACUCAUGUUCCUUAUGCUUCCUUGCCUAAAUCAAUUGUGAAGUGCCCUACAUGUAAAAUAAUUUAUAUGUGUAGAGAUCCUAAAGAUGUGUUUGUCUCGCUAUGGCACUUCAUCAGUAAGCACUUGGAUACUGAUGUUAUGUCAUGGGAAGAGGCAUUUGAUAAGUUUUGUACUGGGUUUUCUGGUUAUGGACCUUUUUGGGACAAUAUUUUAGGAUAUUGGAAAGCAAGCUUGGAAGAUCCUGAGAAAAUAUUGUUUUUAAAAUAUGAAGAUUUACAGAAUAAUACGUUGUUCUAUGUGAAGAGAAUAGCAGAGUUCAUGGGGUGCCCUUUCUCUGUAGAAGAAGAAAGACAAGGUAUAGUACAAAAAAUAGUUAAUUUUUGUAGUUUUGAAAGCUUGAGCAAUUUGCAGGUGAACAAGAGUAACAAGAUUAGCAAUGAAAUUCUUCUUAAAGUUGAAAAUAAUGCAUUCUUUAGAAAGGGCAAGAUUGGUGACUGGGAAAAUUAUUUAACACCCGAUAUGGCAAAGCGACUUGACCAAAUAAACUAAAAGAUAAAUUUUAGUGAUUUCUGAUCGCUAUUUUAUAGGUUAU